AUGUUUUUAGUUAACCUUCUACUUUUAAUUAUCCCAAUCUUAGUAGCCAUAGCCUUUCUUACCCUAAUUGAACGAAAAAUAUUAGGAUAUAUACAACUUCGCAAAGGCCCUAAUGUUGUUGGACCUUAUGGCCUACUCCAACCAUUUGCUGACGCAAUAAAGCUAUUCAUUAAAGAACCCCUAAAACCCUUAACAUCAUCUAUUAUACUAUUUAUUAUUGCUCCAACCCUCGCCCUAACACUGGCAUUUACCAUAUGAAUUCCCUUACCCAUACCCAUACCCCUUAUUAACAUAAAUAUAGGAGUCCUAUUUAUCUUAGCCACUUCAAGCUUAGCCGUAUAUGCAAUUUUAUGAUCUGGAUGAGCUUCCAAUUCUAAGUAUGCUUUAAUUGGAGCUCUACGAGCCGUAGCACAAACUAUCUCAUACGAAGUAACAUUAGCAAUUAUCCUUCUCUCAGUACUUCUAAUAAAUGGAUCCUUUACUUUGUCCACACUCAUUACUACUCAACAAUUUUCAUGACUCUUAUUUCCAACAUGACCUCUAGCAAUAAUAUGAUUUAUUUCAACAUUAGCAGAAACUAAUCGAGCUCCAUUUGAUUUAACAGAAGGAGAGUCAGAACUCGUAUCAGGAUUUAAUGUUGAAUACGCAGCCGGUCCCUUUGCCUUAUUUUUCAUAGCUGAAUAUACUAACAUUAUCAUAAUAAACGCAUUAACAGUAACCUUAUUUAUAGGAGCACUACUAAACCCUAUCUUACCCGAAACUUUUACAUUAAACUUUGUCCUAAAAACACUCAUUUUAACUUCCACUUUUCUAUGAAUCCGAGCAUCCUAUCCUCGAUUCCGUUACGACCAACUCAUGCACCUCCUAUGAAAAAACUUUUUACCCCUAACUCUAGCCUUAUGCAUAUGACAUAUCUCUCUCCCAAUUAUAACCGCAUGCGUACCACCCCAAAUAUA